AUGGCACAAGAGUACUAUUCGGGAGCCAACUCCCGCUACAUAGUUCCAUCGGCGUGGCCUGCCAGCACGGCUAUGACCCGGAACUCAUCUCACGGUAGCGGAAGCAGUGAAUACAGCAACUAUUCGGCAUCAACGACCAACUCAAUUGACGCUCAGUACGACGAAGCCCAGUACGACGAAGCCCAGUACGACGAAGCCCAGUACGACGAAGCCCUCUCGCCGUAUGUCGAGACAGGCCACGGCUUCACCUCAGACGAGACUACUGCAUGCAACUAUGUAAUGGACAGCCGAGGCCACGGCGGUGAUGACCAGCAAGACGAAGAUUGGUACCGAUACUACGACUUCGUCACGACGGAUAACGUGGGCCAAGGACCAUUCUGGCGACUGAAGCAUGGCUUCGUAGCCACAGCACAGUUCCCAGCGACGAGAGCUGCAGUUCAGAGUUUCAUUCCACGAUCCACCAGCGAGCAGGUGGGCUCGAACGUCUGCCUCCAGCCUCGCUGCACGGCACUCCCCUUCAAGCGCAAGGCAGAUCUUGAGCGUCACUACAGGCACAGGCACCAGAGCGUCGAGAAGAAGGACCCCUACCCCUGUGACUGGCGCAGGUGCCAGAGACACAAGGAGCCCUUCUUCCGUCUGGACCACUGCAGGGACCACUACCGAGAUUACCACAACGAGGACCUGACGCGGCGCGGGUCGAGCAAGGAGAACCGCGACUGGUGGAAGAGCCGCAACGUCGACGCGAAGUGGUGGCGGUGCACCAAGUGCCUCCGCCGCAUCUCCAUCGAGAAUAAGGGCUUCGAGUGUGCGAGGUGCAAGACUACGUGCGAGGCCGAGAGACGCAACGUCCGGGGCUACAAGUAA